UUCAGAGAAGUGUUUUCUUAUAUGGUAGUGUCAGAGAUUGAGAGAGGAGACUAGCAAUGCGUUUACAGACGAUCAACCACAAAAAUGAUCGAAGAUGGCGUUAUCGACGGCCAUCCUGCCCCACGUCACCGUCAUCUAAAUCUUGUACUCUUCAAUCUAGUCACCACAGGAUUUCUUUUGAGUUAUCGAAGUCCGGAGAAGGAACUCAAACGAGAGUCAUCGUUGCCGAUUUUCAUAAAGCGCUCACUGCUCGAUCGAUGCCGAUAUGCCAUGGAUUGCAACUUUGCAAACCCCUAAUUCUUUCAGUUUGGGAGAAAACUUCUUCUCUUAUUUUGGGUCAGCCCUUGAUAGGAUUGACUUAACUCUAGCCAGAGAGCAGCAGAUUGGGGAUGCAUAGCUAAUUAGUACAAAUUGGAUUAAUUUUGUAUGUUGUAGUUCCUUUUUUUGGAGAAUUUUGUACUUUUUUUUAUUUACCC